GCCAGAGGAGAAGGAUCACUCUGUGUUCUUAUUCCAAGGUGCAUGGAAAAACCGCACACUGCUGAGUGACCUGCGUGUCUUGGCUCCUGGGAAGUAUGGGGGGCUCUUCUGUUCUAUGGCUGGCCUUGGCCUCCUACAUUCUGACCCUGGCAUCCACACAGGAGGAAGGUUACAGAAAACAGGAGAAGGCCAGCUCCAAGGUGCUGGACUUGGAAUGUGGAGACCCUGGCACCCCACAGGCUGGAGUCUGUUUUGACCCCUGCGAGAGUUACACCGUCCUGGACGAACCCUUCCGAAGCAUAGAGAACGAAAACGAUAGCACCCUGAAGUGUGACACCAACCUGUUCGGCUGGUACCGCUUUGUGGGGGAAGGAGGAAGCAAGAUGCCCGAGGUCUGCAUCCCACCUUUCCGAUGCCAGACAGCCGCUCCCAUGUGGCUCAAUGGGUCCCACCCCAUGGUCGAGGAGGGCAUCGUCAACCGCACAGCUUGUGCCCACUGGAGCGGCAACUGCUGCUUAUGGAAGAGCCAGGUGCAGGUGAAGGCCUGCCAGGACAACUACUAUGUGUACCGACUGCAGGGCGCCCCCGCUUGCAAUCUGGCAUAUUGCACAGAACCCACCACUGUGCCAGACAAGUGUAACAAGACCUGUCGCUCAGAGGAGGAGUGUAAGCUUGUCGACGGUGGCGUCUGGGGCUGUGUCUGCAGAAAGGACCUGCAAGCCUCUGAUGUUCAAAAUUUGCAUCCUCGGCUGGACUGUGGGGCUGAGGAGAUGAAAGUGUUUGUGGACAAGUGUCAGCUGGAAGCCUUGGGUUUUGAGGACCAGGUCAUUGGCUACCUGCGAGACUCGAACUGCAGCAAUUUCAUGCAAAAAGAGGAAGGGAACUGGCUGUCGAUGACCAGUCCUACACAGGUGGCUGCCUGUGGGAACAUUCUGGAGAAAAACGAAACUCACGCCAUCUACGAAAACACCCUCUCCUUGGCCAGCAAUGUCAUCAUCAGGGACAACAACCUCAACAUCAACUUCCAGUGUGCCUACCCGCUGACCAUGUACCACAGCCUCCAGACUGCUCUGCGGCCCAUUUUAAGUUCUCAGAAUAUCAGCGUGGAUGGGAAGGGUGAGUUUGUCGUCAGGAUGGCCCUCUUCAAGGACGGGAACUACGUGUCUCCUUUCGAAGGGGAAGAGGCUGUGCUGCCGGUAGAAUCCAUGCUCUAUGUGGGUGCCAUGUUGGAGACAGGGGACAAGUCCCGCUUCAAUCUGGUGCUGAAGAAUUGCUACGCCACGCCCACGAGCAAGAAGAAUGACCCUGUGAAAUAUUUCAUCAUCAAAAAUGGCUGUCCAAAUCGCAUUGAUUCCACAAUCUUCGUGGAAGAGAAUGGGGUCUCUUCAGAAGGCCGGUUCUCAGUUCAGAUGUUUGCGUUUAUUGGACAUUAUGACCUGGUAUUCCUGCAUUGUGAGAUUCAGCUCUGUGAUUCUGUUACUCAACAGUGCAAGCCAUCUUGCUCAGGAAAACAACUCCGCAGUGAAAUCACAGCCAUCAACUCAGACCAGGUUCUGGAUUUGGGACCCAUCACUCGGAAAGGUGGCCCAGCCCAGUCUCUUGGUCUCGUGAGUGGCAGCCCUGACACUGCAGGAUUCCUGGUGGUCUGGCCCAUGAUCCUCCUGCCUGUCCUCCUGGCAGGGCUGUUCUGAGAAGUCACUGGGUAGCAGCCUUCACUUCCCUCUGGCCCUGGCUUCCCAUCACCCUCUGGCUCUUCCGGUUCCCUCAGAUCACGUAGACAGUGUUAGCGUCCACAGACCCCAGGCUGGGCGAGGCUUGGGGAAAGCGGUGAGCUUCCCUGGCUUAACUCUCUGCGUGUCUUCCCUUUUUGCCCCCGUGUUGGGACCCUGCUGCCUCUCUUGGGCUGACUUCCUCAUUCAUUAGCAAGACCUUGAAAAUAAACUUGCCAGGUGUCUUUGGCUCCAUCUU